AUGUUCACCUCCGGCCGACUACCUCUUCCUGCCCUCGCUGAUUCGAGUCCACUCAAAGAUAUACCUUCACCCUCGGUAUCGUCGUCUUCUUCGUCGUUGACACUCUUGGCCACGCCCGAGUCGAGUCGAGCGGUGUCCCGGCGGCAGCAGCAGCAGCAGUUCUUGCUUGCGCCCGUGCUUUCGACUGGAAUGCCGACGCUCGAGCCCCUGGCGUUCGUACGUCCCGAGGCGCGCGCAAAGGCGAUCGCCCACGAUCGGCGCCGUCGUCGUCAUCAGGCCACUUCCUCUUCGUCAUUCACGUGCACCUCCUUCUCACCUUCGACAGCUUCCAUCGCGGCUUGGUGUUCGGGCGUGAUCGCGCUCCCCGAAGCCGUGGACAUGUCAAGAAGGGGAACCGACGUGGACGUGGACCUGUCAUCGUCCGCUAGUGCGACGAACCCGGCGUUCACCACGAAGGUGAAAGGAGACCUUGUCGUCGACCUGGACAAGGUGCUCAAUCCCGACACGAGCAACUCCAGACGGAGGACUGGGACUGCUGAUACGGAUGGUAGAGAUGCUCGACUUGUGAGGGCGUUGCCACAAGGUGGCUCGGGUGGGAUGCGAGGUCAGUCAACAGUCAGAGACCGGGAAGGCUGCGAAAGGAGCUGACAUCAUGUGACUGCAUGUCUAUUGCCGAUGACCAACUUGAAUAACAGAUGCUACUGUACCUUUUCCGUGCGACCAUUCGACUCAAGGGAAUGGAUCGAACAACCUACAUACCCGGGUCAUUGUGCCGCCCGUACCUGGAAACGACAAGCCCUUGCUCUCCUCCCCGACUCGGCGAACGCAAAACCAAUCCAAUCGGAGCACCGAGGAUUACGGCACGUACUCUUCUGGUCAAACCACGAGGAAUCACACGCAGUCGAACUCGCUCGUCCGAACAGCUUCGUCGUCCUCGUCUUCUCACGAUGAUGGACUUUCGACACCGGCGACAUCCGCCUACGCCUAUAGUCCGGUCAUGAAGCAGUCUCAAGAGGAGCCACGAUCACGAGAUAGAACCGCUUCAGAGGUCGGAUGGACGCCGAAGACCGUCAUACCUCUUUCUGCCUCCUUGUCUUCACCUCCUGAAGACGUUGCGUCCGUCUCGGCGAAGAAGCGAGGAUCGGCCGGCCCCGGACCCGCCAUUCUGGACCCAAGGUUUUCUUUCCCCUUGCGUAAGAAUGGAGCCAAACCAUCUUCAGCACCUAUGACACGAUCCAACGGCCUCAGUGGAAACAGGGGCACUCAGAAAUCCUAUGUUGCAAGCUUGUGAGCACUGUCGCAUUCUGCGACACAUGACAAUCGGCGGUUCUGACCUUUUUCGUUCUUUUCGAUUUUACCUUCUCUUCGCAGAGGAUUGACGCCCCUAAUCGCCGACAGCCAUUCCCCCAAGCGACGCAGCAGCAAAAUUCGAUCCGUCCGAUCUUCAAAUGAUCUUUCGAGCUGCUUUGAUCUUGCAGCCUCGGGUAAUGCUGUCGCCCCAUCUCUUCGUCGGCCUUCACUCCCAAGCGCCGAGCCGGAGCCCAGCUCCUCACAUACGCCGCUUCCUCCGCCGAUCCGAUCCGUUACUCGGAGUUUCAAAAACACCAAGACAAUCAUCAAAUGCGCUUCGAACGAAACAAGUGGCCACACGCACGGGUCUUCCGUUCAUCGACCCCACAGCAGAGUUAGAACGAAACCGACCUCGGCCGCGACUUCGGACGUCGAGGACCAAAAAAUCGCCCCUCUGCACAUUUCUCGCUCCGGCCGAACUCGGCAUGCCUCGAUACCUGUCGCUAAGAUCGAGAUGACGUUUCCUGCUGGCCCACAUCUCACGCACACCCCAAGCUCGUCGACCGAAGCGUUCACCUACCCGCACCCUCGUCUUCAUGCUUUCGAACUUGAAGCCGACCUCGACGUUGGACCCGUCGAGACUCUGCGUUCCUCAUCUUCGAUAGACUGUGGCAGCGUUCGACGAGUGUUGCACGAGCAGGAAGAAUUUCAAAAAGAACGAGACGAAUGGAGCGACGCCUCGGCGAGUGCGAUCGGAGCCAAGUGGAACGGUGCCCGCCGUCAAAGACAACGUCGUCAUCACCGUCACGGCAGUGGUUCAGGGUCGGAUAUCGGCGUGAGGCGCACGCUUCGACCUAGCGACUCGGCGCCUGCGCUUCGGGGACUAGCGCUCUACGGGCAGCGCAAGCAUUCGCAAGGGCGGGACUCUUCGAGCGGUUCCCAAGCUGCCCAAGGUCCUCUCAUCCCACCGCCACGGCUUGACAGCCUUGGGCAAAAGUCUCGAGCCCAAGGCAGCUUGGGAUCCUCGGCGGUGACAUUGUUGGAAGAUCAACGAAGCCAUCCGAAGCAAGACGCCUCCCGUACGAAGGAGCCCUUCGACAAGCCUGCCAUACUCUCGCCCAAUGUACGCGGCCUCUAUCGCUUGAACUCGCCAAGCCACAGAAAAAAGUUGGUACCAUCGAGACCGGUCGAGUCACCCGCGAAGAGUCCGAUUGAGGAUGCUGCAUCGCUCCGUCCUACUCGCCCGCCACCACCGAUUCCGUCAGGGGUGACUGCGUUCUCGCCUCACGACAGAAAGAAGCACGAACACCAGCUUCCAAGGCUCCAGACCGACUUUGCGCAUGCUACUGCGUACUCCUGCAAUGUUCUGCCGUGGAACGAGCCGACUGUAUCGACGUCGGCGGCCAGCGCUGGAGCCUUACCGCGCUCAGAGAUACGAUUGCCAUCGCCCCGCAGCAGAGCGACUUCUGAUGCGCCGUACUUGAGCCUCAACGCUGGGAACAGUCUACCUGCGUCCGACACGACCGAUUCGCCGUUGGGUCGGCCCUCGUUGGCUUCGCUGCGUCGAGUCAAAGGUUCGGACUCUAACCCUCCCAACUCUGGGGACGACACCUUCGGCGUCACUAGGCGGGGUUACUCGACAGCGACCGAAUCAUUCUAUUCCGUCGACUCCGAUCCCCCGACUCUGGGUGACGUCCUCCCCUCUCCGAUCUCGGACUACUUUGGCAGUCUGCGCGACUCGUCCACUUUCGCUUUGCCACAGUCGCCACCAAUUGAGAGGGCACCCACGGCGGCUUCUUCGAGUCCUCAUUCGCAGAUGUCGAUCGGGCACGCGGCAUCGGCUUCGAGGAAUAGCAGCCAUUCUAGACCACCGAGCACGGCAGAGGGCUCGCUGAACCUGGAUGAAGAAGGGCACACUUUUGAAGAUCUUGUGAGUAGUCCUGCUACUCUGAAUUCUGACGGAAUCGGCUUGCUCACAACACUCAUCCGAUAACUCGACAGUUCUUCCGACCACCGCCGACGCGCCGCAAUUCGGAUGCGUUCAACGAGGAUCAGUACCCUGUGACAGUGACGACCUCAUUCUUUCCCGAUCUCGAUGCUCAGAUCUCGCCGGUGCUCUAUGAACCGAGCGGCGCACAGAGUUGCGGCAUGCCUGCAGUGCCUUCCGCCUUCUCGACUCGGAUGAGCGCGCCACCUCUCAAGCAAACGGCCACAUCUCGCACGUACGAAUCAGAGACGAGCGACUCAUUCGCAACGGCCGAAGAAGGGUCUGGUAGUCCGGCUUCGGUGCGGGAGGAAUCACCGUUUGGAACUGAACCCCUGGAGCAUGGUUAUACCUCGUCUCGUCCUCCGUCGGCCGACGAACCACGUCUAUCGUCGAUUUCAACUCUCCUUGGGGCUGCUCCCACACUUAUACAUGUUCAAGACAUGGCAUCUGGGUCUGUGCGUCCAGCGACGCCGUCUUCGCGCUCGUCACCUCCGCCGCCGUCCUUCCUCGACCUGAGCGCAUCACAUGGCGCCGCAUCUCUGGAGCGCACCGAUGCUUCGUUUCUGUUUUUCGACUCGAGCGGCGACAGCUCUACGAUCAUCCCUUCUCGCCGAGCUCCGCGGAUGUCGCAAGUGCCGAAUGAUGAAUCCGUCCUACCCUCAUUCUCGCCCAUCUCUUCGCCGCGCGCGACGAUGAUGGGCGAUUUGCACCCAGACUCGGUCACGAGCACCUCCUCGAUGUUCAUUGAAGUCGCUUUGGCGCUUUCUCGCGAGCCGUCGCUUUCGAAUCUCGACAUGGGCGAUGACGAAGAAGAGCUCGCAAUGGCGUCGCCCUUCCCAACGGACGUGUCCCCUUCGGCCGUGCCUUCACCUCGAACUACGUUCGCACCAAACCAACUGCUUCCUCCUCGCUUCCGAGACUUUAUUGCCGAUGAUGCAGCUUCGAUCGCAACGUCAACCGCGAGCUCAAAUGGGAUACUUUCGGUUCAUCCAUCUCGUGGAAGUGGUCUUUCGGCCUGGUCGGCGGUCAGCAAAUUUCCUUUGCCGCCUUCGGUCGAAGUGGAGGAGUCUGUCCAAGUCGAGGCUGAUGAUCCGUCAGCGGACGUGCUAGAUGAGACGCCUCGACCCCACUCACCUCUUCCGGCAUCGUCACUUGCGAAUACUUCGGUCGGCUCUCUCCUUCAAGUCAAUGAUGCCAACUCGGACUCGCAGACGAUCCACUCGGUGUCAUCUAUGGCGACGCUGCGUCGCAAUCGCUCCGCACCGAACGUGGGCAGUCGAUCCUCGCUCACCAUUGAUACGGAUGAAUGGACCGUCGCCGCAUCGACGAUUCGCGCUCGAUCAUCCGAAGAAGCCAAUCAGAGCUCAGACGACGAUCUUGGACGACUUCGACGCGUUAUGAGUGGUCCAGCUGCGGUGGAAGAACUUCCCGAUGCCCCCAUCGUCGCCGCGCGGUGCGUUGAGCCGGCGAUCCUCUCAGAACGUCUCCAAGCUCGUCGUCGCGUCUGGUCGCUUGGACCGGCCAUCAGAUCAUUAUUCACUUCAACCAACGACGACGGUGCUACCUCAUCGGGCGCCGCUCCUAUCCCUGACGAGAGCCGAGCGAGUUCGACGCAGUUCUCAUCCCGCCGAAGUUCGUGGAAGCAUGAACGAACGUCGAGUGACCCGAGUGUUUACCAAUCUGCGUGGCCUGAAGGUCCUGAAGAAAGGUCUCGCUGA